CUCAACUCUCUGCUUUCCAGUUGAGAAACGCAGAGCACUUUUCAAACACCAGUUCUUUGUGCAGCCUCUGGAUCAGCUAAGUUCAGGUUGAGGACAUUGCAAGUGGAAAAAGUGCACCUUUUAUCAGGUGAUUUGAACUGCAUUCUGCUGGCUUGACCUCAAAAUUCCUAAAAUUGGAAGACAUCUUCCUGAUCCAUCACUGAAAGGACGAAUCGUUUUAAUAUUUUAGAACAAUUUCUCAUGAACGUUCUUGGCUCAAGGAGAAGAAAAGGCAGCUGCUCUUCAGCAAGGAGUAGAUCUGUGCCUUUACCAUGGCUUCCUGCCGUACCUGUGACCUCAGAAUGCUGGUAGUCAUUGCAUGUGGGCUGCUGACGGCCAUCAUUUUGGGACUGGGCAUCUGGAGGACAGUGAUAAAGAUCCAGAGAGCAACAGUUACUCCUGAGUCGAGCAUCCCUAUAGCGUUCUGCAGGAAUGGUGGAACCUGGGAAAACGGCAGAUGCAUUUGUACAGAAGAGUGGAAGGGACUGAGAUGUACAAUUGCUAAUUUCUGUGAAAAUAGUACCUAUAUGAGUUUUACUUUUGGCAGAAUUCCAGUGGGCAGGUAUGGAACUUCUUUGCAAACAUGUGACAAGAACACUCUAAAUGCUGGCAGUCCAAUAGCAACCCGGAUGUGCAGUCAGUCUAAAUACGGAGAGAUAGAAUUACAAAAUGCCACAAUAGGAAACUGCAAUGAAAAUCUGGAAACCCUAGAAAAUCAGAUAGACAACAUCACAGUGGACUCUAAGAAUAUUUCCACUGAAGCCCAGAUUUUAACAUCUGAUGCCAGUAAAUUAACUGCUGAGAACAUCACUUCUGCUACUAGAGUGGUUGGACAGCUCUUCAAUGUAUCCAGAAAGGCUGAAGCUGAGGCAAAGAAAGUUGCUGUCACAACAGUGAGUCAACUUCUGGAUGCCAGUGAAGAUGCUUUUCAAAGAGCUGCUGCUACUGAUAAUAGUAAAUCCUUUACAACGCUUAUUGAGCAAAUGGAGAGUUAUUCCUUGACUUUGGGCAAUGAGUCAGUUGUGGAACCUAAUAUAGCAAUACAGACUGUUCAUCUAGAAGACUCUUCAGGGUCUACAAGAGUUCGCUUCUCGGUGUUCAAAGGAUCAAGUGAAUCUCUAGUUUCUGGUUCAACAUCUGUAGAUCCAAAUGUGGACAGACUUGAUCCAGAUGGACGCGUUGAACUUCAGAUCUUGCUCAGUUCCCAAAAGAGUACUAAUGUGUGUGGUUUUGUAGUAUAUCAAAACAACAAGCUUUUUCAAUCAAAGACUUUUACAGCUAAAUCAGAUUUUAGUCAAAAAAUUAUCUCAAGCAAAGUGAAUGAAAGUGAGCAAGAUCCAACCAUUUCUGUUGAAAUGGUCUUUAGCCCAAAGUACAAUCAAAAAGAAUACCAACUCCAUGCCUAUGCCUGUGUUUACUGGAAUUUUUUAACAAAGGAUUGGGACACGUAUGGCUGUUAUAAAGACAGGAUUGCUGAUGGAUUCCUGGGCUGCCGCUGCAACCAUACCACUAACUUUGCUGUGUUGAUGACUUUCAAAAAGGAUUACAAGUAUCCUGAGUCACUAGACAUAUUAUCCAACAUUGGAUGUGCCCUGUCCAUUGCUGGUCUGGCUCUCACAAUCAUCUUUCAGAUUGUCACCAGGAAAGUCAGAAAAACCUCAGUCACCUGGGUGUUGGUCAAUCUGUGCACAUCAAUGUUGAUUUUCAACCUGAUUUUUGUGUUUGGUAUUGAAAACUCCAAUAAGAACUUGAAGAUAAGUGAGAGCAACACAGAUAUUGACGUUGAAAACAAUGAAAUGCUCACAAAGGACACGAUUGACAUCCCGAAUCCUUCAUGCACGGUGAUUGCUGCCUUACUGCACUAUUUUCUGUUAGUCACAUUAACCUGGAGUGGACUCAAUGCUACACAGCUUUAUUUCCUUCUCAUCAGGACCAUGAAACCUCUUCCUCAACAUUUCAUUAUUUUCAUCUCAUUAAUUGGAUGGGGAGUCCCAGCUAUAAUAGUAGCUGUAACAGUGGGAAUUAUUUAUUCCCAGAGUGGGAAUAAUUCAAACUGGGAGUUAGACUACCGGCAAGAGGAAAUUUGCUGGCUAGCAAUUCCAAACAGCAAUGACUUUAUAAAGAGUCCAUUUUUGUGGGCAUUCAUUAUACCUACAACCAUUCUCCUCAUCAGCAAUGUGGUUAUAUUUAUUAUAAUCACAGUUAAAGUGCUGUGGAAGAAUAACCAAGAUCUGACAAGCACAAAGAAGUUUUCAUCCGUAAAGAAGAUUCUUAGCACAUUGUCUAUUGCAGUCAUUUUUGGAAUUACCUGGAUUCUGGCAUACUUUAUGCUGAUUGAUGAUGAUAAUGUCAGAAUUAUCUUCAGUUUCAUAUUCUUCUUUUUCAACACUACUCAGGGAUUACAAAUUUUUUUCCUCUACACCGUUAGAACAAAAAUUUUCCAGAAUGAAGCUUCCAAAGUGUUGAAAUCAUUGUCAUCAUCAUUUGGGAGAGUGACGUCACUGCCUUCAGUGACCCCGCUGAGACUACGUGUUCGGGUGUAUAACAUGCUCAGGUCCCUUCCAGUUCUGCAUGAGCACUUUAGGCUGCUGGAGGCCUCUGAAGAAGAAAAGACACUCUCUGAAAGUCACCAAGCGAACUCAAGCAUCUAGACCCUGAAACUGUUACCUAUUGUGAUCUUUUUAUCUAACUCAUGUCUGUGAAACCCCACCAAUGUAAUUCUACACUCUUCAGUUCAUGGUUCCUCAGAUGACGUCCAAGAGAGACAGACAUCAGGAUAAAGUUCCUUGAAGGUGUGGUGGAUGGGAUGAUUACUGAGAGAGAAAAAUACUAAGAGUUUUAAAAUGCAUUCACAUACAACUCAAUAGCAAGAUUUUUAAAAACCUGAUUAACAAAUGAGCAAAGAAUCUGAAUAGACAUUUUCCCAAGGAAAACAUAAUUAACAGAUGCAUGAAAAGAUAUCCAACAUCACUAAUCAUCAGAGGAAUGCAAAUCAA